GAACGCAUUCUACGCGUGAACGCUACAAUUAGCGUUAACGUUAGCUAGCUAGUGGCCAACCACACCAAACCUUUGUGAAAAUUAAAAGCACGGAAUUCCCAUUAUUAAUAUCGAUGCUAAUUUCAGUUUAAGGGAGGUCGUUUGUCUGGACGGACCUCGUCUUAACCAGGGAACUAAUGCAGUGUUAACCAGCAAGCGUGAUAUUAGUUUGCCUUAAAGACCUGUCGGUUAGCUUAGCGAGCUACUUUAGCUAACCAGCAGCCCCGGUGAUGUUUCCAGCAGAGCAGCAGCGAGAGCUGGCAGAAAGACUCACCGCGUUCCUGUCUCAGUACAGCCGCCUGUCCGACUCUUAUAUAAUUGAGUUCUUCUCCAAAGAUCACUGGCACAAGUUGCCCAACUCGUGGCAGCCGGCGCUGCAGGAUCUGACGUAUCAUCAGGUUGCAGACCUGCUCCUGGAUGCUGCACACAGAGACAGAAGGUACCCCUCGGCGUGGCCUCUGUCCCUGCUGGCGUUCCGGGCCGCCGCUCACGCGCUGGCGUUUCCCAGAGGUCACCGGCCGGAGCGCGGCGGCGCGGCGAAGCCCGAGGAGUUCCUGGAGAACCAAAGUCAGAGCGCACUGCUGGGACACAUAUUCAGGAAACACGUCAAGCCCAAGAAGCAGCACGAGAUCCGCCGACUGGGCUCGCUGGUAAAACAGAUUUGUGACCAGACUGACUGCAACAGCGUGGUGGAUGUGGGCUCUGGACAGGGCCAUCUGACUCGCUUCCUGUCCUUCGGGCUCGGCCUCUCUGUCACCGCCAUCGAAGCUGAUCGCACCCUGGUUGCCACGGCGACCAAGUUUGACAGAGAGUUAGUGGCGGCCCUGCAGAAGGAAAAGCAGAAAAGGGUCAGUACUUUUUUUAACUUAUGAAAAAGGUUGUUUUAU